AUGAAAAAAGGGGCCCCCUUCAAGUGGGAAGCAAAAUGCGAAGAAGCAUUCCAACACUUUAAAAGAGUCCUAGCGGAACCACCGGUUCUCGCCAAACCCCAAACAGGGGAAACCCUAUACUUAUACCUCUCCAUAACGGAAGAAACGCUCGCGGCAGCACUCAUCCGAGAAAACAAGAAAAAGGAGCAAAAACCUAUAUACUUCACAAGCAAAGUCCUGCAAAACGCAGAAACCCGCUACUCGCGCCUAGAAAAACUAGCCUUUGCCCUCCUCACGGCGUCCCGACGCCUGCGGCAAUAUUUUCAAGCCCACCCCGUAACGGUCCGAACCGACCAAGCAGUCAAACAGGUACUACAGAAGCCCGACCUAGCGGGUAGAAUGCUAGCAUGGUCUGUCGAACUAUCCCAAUUCGACAUCAAGUUCGAACCCCGAUACGCAAUCAAAGCGCAGGCCAUGGCCGACUUCAUCGCAGAAAUGACCCCGGGAAACACCCCUCCCGAGGCAUGGAAACUACACGUCGACGGCUCAUCGAAUGUCACUUCCGGAGGCGCCGGAGUCAUUCUAGAAAGCCAAAACGGUGUCGUGAUCGAACAAUCAGUCAGAUACGACUUCCCGGUCUCAAACAACCAAGCAGAAUACGAGGCCCUCCUGGCAGGCCUAACCCUAGCCAGCGAAGUCGGGGCAAAAAUUCUGGAGAUCAACACGGAUUCGCAAGUAGUCAGUUCCCAAAUCAACGGAGACUACCAAACGCGAGAUCCCCUACUACAACAAUACCUCGCCAAGGUCAACAAACUAAAAGAAGAAUUCGACCAGGUAAUCAUACAGCACGUCCCAAGGGAAAGAAACGCCAGAGCCGACCUCCUCUCCAAACUUGCUAGCACCAAACCAGGACACGGCAACAAAUCGCUAAUUCAGGAAGUCGUCAAAACGCCGUCCGUAUCUCUAACAGCCGAUGCCCACCUAACACACUCCCACUACAAGUCAUGGACCCAUCCCAUCCUACAAUACCUCCUCAACAGGGAACUGCCCGAAGACCCUAAAGAGGGAAAACGAAUAAAGAGGGAGGCCGCCGGUUAUACGGUCGUCGCAGGACAACUAUACAAACGCGGAUUCUCGCAACCCCUGCUCAAAUGCGUCGAGAAUGUCCCAAAUACGGAACUAAAACACGGCCACGACUGGAGGACCGAUCACCCUCCAGGCCCAACCCGCGGAUAUCCAUAUAAACCCGACCACACGACGGUCCAUUCAUCCCAAACACGGGAAAAAGACAAAUUAAACGGAAUAGCUUUUUACGAAAAGAGCCCGAACGGCUCGAAAAAUCGUUAA